UCGCAGCUCCACUCUCCUCCACAAGCAAACGGGCGCACACAGACGAGAUUACACAAACAGACUUUGCACACAGUUUGGUUGAGAGGGGCAGACAGAGGAGGGAGAUGACGAAGGUGGAGGUGGUGGAGUCGACGCUGGUGGCGCCGAGCGAGGAGACGCCGCGGCGGGCGGUGUGGCUCUCCAACCUCGACCUGGCCGUGCCCAAGACGCACACGCCGCUCGUCUACUACUACCCGGCCCCGGCGCCGGACUCGGACUCGGCCAGCUUCUUCUCGCCGGAGCGGCUCAGGGCGGCGCUGGCCAGGGCGCUGGUGCUCUUCUACCCGCUGGCCGGGCGGCUAGACCGGGACGACGGCGGCCGGCUGCAGAUCGACUGCAACGGCGAGGGCGCGCUCUUCGUCGUCGCCAGGGCGCCAGACGUCGCCGGGGACGACCUCUUCGGGAGCAGCUACGAGCCCUCGCCGGAGAUCAGGCGCAUGUUCGUGCCCUUCGCGCCCUCCGGCGAGCCGCCGUGCCUCAUGUCCAUGUUCCAGGUGACGUUCCUCAAGUGCGGCGGCGUGGUGCUGGGCACGGGCAUCCACCACGUGACCAUGGACGGCAUGGGCGCGUUCCACUUCAUCCAGACAUGGACGGGGCUCGCACGGGGCCUCGCCCUCUCCGACGCGUGCCUGUCGCCGCCGUUCCAUGACCGGACGCUCCUCCUCGCGCGCUCACCGCCGCACCCCAAAUUCGACCAUCCCGUGUACUCGCCGGCGUACCUCAACGGCGCCCCGCGGCCCUUCGUCACCCGAGUCUACUCCGUAUCCCCGAAGCUCCUCGCGGACCUCAAGUCCCGGUGCGCGCCCGGCGUGUCCACCUACGGCGCCGUGACGGCGCACCUCUGGCGGUGCAUGUGCGUGGCGCGCGGGCUCGCCCCGGGCUCGGACACGCGCCUCCGGGUGCCGGCCAACAUCCGGCACCGGCUGCGCCCGCAGCUCCCGCGCCAGUUCUUCGGCAACGCCAUCGUGCGCGACCUCGUCACCGUCAAGGUGGGUGACGUCCUGUCGCAGCCGCUGGGGUACGUGGCCGACAUGAUCCGGAAGGCGGUGGACCAUGUCGACGACGCGUACACGCGGUCGGUGAUCGACUACCUGGAGGUGGAGUCCGAGAAGGGCAGCCAGGCGGCGCGCGGGCAGCUCAUGCCGGAGUCGGACCUUUGGGUGGUGAGCUGGCUGGGGAUGCCCAUGUACGACGCCGACUUCGGGUGGGGCGCGCCACGGUUCGUGGCGCCGGCACAGAUGUUUGGCAGCGGCACAGCGUACGUAACGCAGCACGGCGCCGACAGGGACGACGGCAUCGCCGUGCUGUUCGCGCUCGAGCCCGAGUACCUCCAGUGCUUCCAGGACGUCUUCUACGGGGAGUGACAGGCAACUUUCUACCUCCUUUGGGUGUGUCUGUCAGUGUGUACGAAUGGAUCGACUAUCUAGUGUUUGUUGUUCAGUUUUGGAUUUGGUACCUAGUACGUGUCAAUGUGACAUAUGUCGGCCUUGCAACUGUUUAGGGAAAAUAAACCAUAAAAUGGUUGUGUACAAACAUAUCCUUUUUUGCCUGGAUGGCUGCGUGCAUGUAAUCAGGGCAUGGACGAUGCAGAAACUCCCUGGGCCUGUUUGGUUCACCAGAUGUUGAUACUUGAUAGAGCACCUUAAUUUAUCCAUGCAGGCCGUUUAUCA